GGGGGAUCCUGAGAUUAGCAGAUCAGAGUAACCGAGUCUUUAGAGCUUCCAGAUAACUUUAUCCCAGAAUUGGUAAAGAAGUUGAGAGUAACAUUUAUACUAUGUAAAUUAACAGGGUUUUCCACUGUGGUUUCUGAGGUGUCUGUGGUAGGCUGUGUUCGCCCCCCCCCCGCCGCCCCUGCUUUGCCGCGUCCCCGCCUCACUUCCGGUGCGAGGCCCCGAGCCGGGACUGGAAGUGGAAGCGAUGAGAUAGCGGUGGCGGCGCUGAGGGCGUGAAGUUAGCGAGUGGCCGGGAGCCACCGGGGGGCGGAGGCGACCGAUAGAGUGAGCUGUAACUGCGCUGCGCGGCCCAGAACCAACCGCUGUGGGAGGCGACGGAGUGAGGGGCGGGCGGCCGGGGCGGCAGGCCGGGAGCCGGGCGAUGGCGUUGUGCGGGGCCGUGGCGGCGGCGGCGGCCCUGCCGUGCGAAGUCAUCGUGCACAUCUUCUCCUUCCUGCCCCCCUGGGACCGUUUGCGGGCCUCGUCCGUCUGCUCCAAGUGGCGCGAGUGCCUCUUCUACCCUUCGCUGUGGCCGGAGCUGCGGCUCCGCCUACGCGGCUCGGCCGCCGAGCGCUGCCGCCUCGACUUCCUCAUGAAGAAGUGCGGCUCGUUCGUGCGGGAGCUGCGGGUGGAGUUCGAGAGUGGCGGCGCGGGCCGCCCCGACCCCCUCAGGAGUUACAUGGACGAGGUUGUCUGCGUGUUGAAGAGCGUGAGGAGUAACCGCAACCUGCAGAAACUCAGCGUCUUCGGCGACAUAUACCUGCAGGAGCCUGACGACAAGCACUCGCACGAAAUCCAACAAUUGAUUGAAGAGGUAUUGGGAAAUUCCAAACAUCUGAAAUGGCUCUCCCUUGGUUUUAUGCUGGAGGUAGUAACUCCCACAACACUAGCAGCCUUGCCUCAGUCCAGUGCCAACUGCAUUGAACAUCUGAGUCUCCUGGAUACCCAUUUUAUUAAUAAAACCCCAAUUAUUGAGGCAGUUGAGUUGGAGCGCUUUCUUAACCUGCGAUCACUUGCAUUGGAUUUCUGCGAUUUUACUGCUGAAGUAACACGAGUACUCGCCAACAGCAACCAUGUGCCUUUGCAUAGGUUGUCUCUUGUAAUACAUCAUCUCUCGAUGUCCAACAUACACGUUUUAGAUAACAUGCCACAAGAUGCAGAUUGGAAGGUGCUUACCAGGCACUGUGCAAAUCUUCAUGUUUACAUCAUGGCCUUUAAUGUCAGGAAUGACAUUUUGCUUAGAAUUCUGAAGCCAAGCAUACCUUUAGGGAGAAUUCACUUUGACAGCUCAACUAAUGGUGUUUCAGGUGCCGUGGUAGAUCUCAUAUCCAGGCAGUAUGACAAAUCCCUUACCCACUUCCUCCUAAUAAAGGAUGCAGAGCAAGGCAUUAAUGGUUUUCCAGAUCUCAGCGACAACCGCAAUGAAGACCCUUUGGUGCUUUUGGCAUGGAAGUGUACAAAGCUUUCUCACCUUUCAAUCCAUGGUUAUGCAGUUUGGGCGCAUAAUCUUAUUGCUAUAGCUCGGCUCCGUGGACCAGAGCUGCAAGUCCUGGAGGUGACUGAGGAAAGCAUUAAUUUUGAUGAAGAUGCGAUGGCUGACCUGGAUGGAGAUCCUGUGCAGAAUCUCAUUGAAGAAGUGUCCAUAGGCUUAGGAAAGCGGUGGCACCCAGUAAUGAAAAAUGAAACCCUUUACGUUUUCAGUGAGACCACUCGUUAUUUUUACAAAGAGAUGCAGCGCUUCAGUGAAGGCAUUUAGCAUUUCAAAACUUGUGUAUUAGAGGGCCCUGCAUUUUUCAGUAAUAAGUUAACAUUUACAUGUGCUGUUAAUUAGUAUUAGUAAAAAAUAUAUACACUUGUUUAUCCUGCUUAACCUGUAAAUGUAGUUGGUAUUGGUUUAGAAGUAGAUGUGGCAAGAGUCACUGGAUUUUCUCUGUCAGCGCCUGUGUCAACUGCCAAAGAAAACAGAAUGAAGAAGUGCCCACAUGCUGGCAGGGGCAGGCCAAUGGCUGGUCAGCCAGAACCUACGAGUUUAAAAGGUCGAAUUUUCGACCUGUGGUACACAGCUGUGCUGUGGCUCAGUCAACAACUUUCAGCUCUUAAAUGAACGUGCACCUGGUUCACUGUGAAUAGUGAAUACAAAAAAAAAUCAGUUCUAACAAAGCUAUGAGCUGCUGCUAUGAUUUUUGAGAACAUUCCACUAGGAUAACUUUUAAAAUCUUGUUAAAGCAAGAGGCUUUAAAAGCCGCAAUGUUCAGGGCAACCGCGGGUACAGUCGUGGUCUCUGUGAGACUAGCACCUGACCCCAGUUUUAAGUGGUACGAAUGUUGUGCAUUUAAUGUAAAGGACAGCCAGUAUUACUCAGUGUGGCCAUCAUGCUGCCCAGCAGUGCUGUGACCUGGCUGCUUUGUAUAAGCUUGUAAAACAAAUUUACUGUAUGCAACAUAUGUCAAGAUUCUAUUUAUGAAGAAAGUGUGAGUGGUGAUUGUUUCAAAUGGUUUUACCAUCUUGUCAAAGAUGAUGCGUUUUGACAGGUGUGCAUUAUGUUGCGUGUCUCCAGUGAUUAAUGCACUUACCAUGCGGAUUUUAUAUGUACAUCUGUAGAGUGGAUCCACUGGUGCAAUGUAUGAAAAUGCCAGAUGUGGUGAGAUUUUAUCAUUGAAUGAGAUCAUAUGAAAUACUGACAGAAAAUGUGAGGAAAGCAGUUGAAUGUUAAAUUAAUGUUUAAAGUUGUGUUGACUGCUGAUUGUUUUAAUCUAUCAAUAAAGCAUUCAAAUGUCUUAUUUACGUAAUGUUUAGUGCUAAAGUUUUGGGAAUUUACAAUGACGUUUUAAGCUUUAUCAUGUGUAGGCUUUGCCAGAAGUUGCAUGUACUGACAGUAACUACAUUGAUUGGUUUAAAAGUCUAAACUAGUUUACAUACACUCUGAAUACUGUAUUAGUAUUUGCAGUAAAGUGUGGUUACAAACUUUAUCACUGAUUUUUGCUCCUACCAUACUACCUAAAUGUUUAGUACUUCAAAUAUGAAAUUGCAGUGAUCUUAUGAGGUUUCGUUACCAUAAUGAUUCUACAGUACUUUCCCAAUAACCAUCAUGAUGUGGAAAAGGUUUAAAUAUAAUUAGAAGAACUGGGCCCUUGGACUUGUUUGAAGAUCUUUCCACAAUGUUUUUAAAACUUGUUUGCUUCAUGGUAUGCAUUUCUAUAUAAUGGAAUGUUCUGGCUAGGCAAAAUUGUUUGAUGGCAGUAACUGAGGAAUGUGCUGUGCGGAUAGUAUAGAAGUAGUGACUUGUAUACUUGCCUGUUAAGAAUAGAAAUACUAGGAAUGUGUGGUAAGUGAGACAUUGAGGAUACUAGUUCCAUUAUUAUAGAAUGGUAUAUUCUUGGGAUGUAUGCAGAAGGCAGUUGUCUUCUGUUUAGUGCCACUUAAAUUGGGUUGGUUGGAUUUUCAUAUUUUUGGUAGGAACUUGAGGCCAAAUACAAUCAACAAACCAGCUAGUUACACUUCUAAUUAAUGUUUGCUAGACUUUAUCAUGGUGUAAGGGUUGGAUAUUGCAAAAUCAGUCAUUUGAUCAUUUACCACUGUUUCCAAAUAGAUGUGGUAUGAUGACAUUUUUAUUGGAAUUUGAGGUCCUUCAGCUCUUGGAUAACUUGUAUUUAGCAAGGGAUGCCUCACCAAUGUUGAUGCAAUAAGGUUUAGAUUCUGUAGUUCGGGGUUUCCCAACCUCUAUUUUAUACCAUGCCCUGCUCAAAUUGAUGGAAGAGAAAAUAUUCAAGGCCAGUGUAGCCAAGAAUAGUGGCCAUGUUACAUGGACCACUGCUGUUCAGGGAUUUUGAAUUGUUUGUCCAUUGUUUCUCUCAUUGCUUAUUUCAAAUGCCCAAUGCAAUUUGAUGAAAAUCAUUUGGUUUUCUCAAAAUAGUCAUUCCAAUGCAGUUAAACAGUAGUACAGUUAUGCCUUAGACAAUAUUUCAUGAUUUGCUAAUAACAAACAGAACCAUUAUUAUCAUUCCAUCUUGAUCCCAAAUUCCAUCAGUUAGCGUUAGCCUGAAAUUUAUGCAAAUCAUUACUAGGAUUGUUCCAUUUAUUUGAGCUGUCUUUAGUGAGCUGCUGCUUGGAUUUGACCAUUUUUGCUUUAUCUUUUUGAAGUAGAUGGGUGAGUGGUGGUAACUAAAUACAAUAUUCUACCAUUGUUUUCUUUGGCUAUCUCCUUGUAGUGAAAUAUGAAGUACUUGCUUUUCACUAAAAGUGGCAUCUUGAAGCAGACCAAGUUUUAUCACCAUGUCUAAGGGCUGAUUUCAUUGUAAGGAUCACUGUUAUAUCUUCCCCCUCCCCCCCAAAGAGGUGCUAGAACAAUUAAUGAUCCAAACUGACCAAUUUAAUGCCCAAGAACUAAGUGGAUAGGGAUAUAAAGUGGAUGUGGAAAAACAACUUGUAAAGUCCCAUAACCAUUUACCUUCAUUCCUAUGUACGUGAAGUUGUAUGCAAAAAAAUGCACAUCAAAAGUUCAUUGUUUAAAUCAACCUUGUUUUUAUUUUCAGUAUGUUACAAUAAACAUUUUUACAUUCUA